AUGGGCUCUGCAUACCCAUCAUUUUCAAGGGUCGGGUAUCACCCAAAGUUCCCAAACCCAGACCCCUUCUCCAGCCUUGACUUCUCGACCUGGUCCUUUGUACAUUCCUUCCCCUUCGCGUCCACUACUCCUCCACUACCACCGAAAGACGCACGACGACUUUUUGACCUGUAUUUCUCACUCAAGAGGUUCCAUAUCUCAAGAUGCCUGCCGCCUGAACCCCUGAGUGCACUUAGAUACGAGGAACGUUCCCUGUCACUUCCUGCGCUCACCAACUUCUAA